CUAUGCCUCUUCCGGGUCCCGGGCUUCGCGGCAGAUUCGUCGCGAUGUGCCCGCGGGCACCGGCCUCACGGACUCGAAAAAAUUCAGCGGCAGCUCUGCCAGCGCGUGGGGAGCUCGUGCCCCGCGGUCUCACGGUCUAGGCCGCGAACCGCGUGCGGAACUGGGCCUCGGCGGCCGUGCCGAAUCGGCGGAGGGGUAGCAGCGGCGGGGCGGCCGGGACCGCGCGGGGAGACUCCGGGACCCAGCGGAUGCCAGCAGCACCCCAGCUGUGACCCUGAGGUUCAGUGGACCUACUGUAGAGGGUACCAGGAGGGCCCUGAGCUGGGAACCAACUCUUGGUAGAAAUGGCUGGUGCUGGCAGGGGAGGAUCUUGCCGGGGCUCCGUGGCCUUCUUCCCUGCAUCUCCCGUGGACUCCAGGAUGGACCCAGCUGUCUCUGCAGUCCGGCUCACUGUCCGGGAAGCAGUUCACACCCUUUCCUCCUCUGAGGAUGGCGACCGCAUCCUUUCCACGCUGGGGUCCCUGAAGCGGUAUCUCCGUGGAGCGGAGAACCCGGCCCUUCCCGGGGAGCAGGAGGAGUUUGCCAGGAUGCACUUCUCAGCCCUGCUCCGGUGUCUGGUGGGCAGGCUGAGCCCCGCCUGGCUGGAGCUCCUGCCCGGCGGCCAGCUGGAGGCGCUGUGGGCCAGCUUCUUUCUGGAGGGCCCUGCGGACCAAGCCUUCCUGGUGCUGAUGGAGUCCAUCGAGGGCACGGCUGGCCCGAGCUUCCGUCUGAUGAAGAUGGCACAGCUGCUGGCCCGGUUCCUGGGCGCCGGCAGGGUGGCCGCCGUGAUGGAGGGCCAGUGUCGGCAGCUGGCCGAGCCGGCCUUCCCGCUGCUCCAGGAGACGCUCCUCGCCAAGCUGGUGGGCCUGCCCGACCACCUGGGCAACCGCCUGCAGCGGGAGAACCUGGCUGCCUUCCUUCCGCAGAACUACUUCCCUCUGCUCGGCGAGGAGCUCCUGCGGGUGCUGCAGGCCGUGGUGGACUCUCUGCGAGGUGGCUGGGACUGCUCCAUCUCCUUCUUGUCUCAGGUGCUGGGGAAAGCCUGUGUCCACGGGAGACAGAAGGAGAUCCUGGGCGUGCUGGUGCCGCAGCUGAUGGCCCUCACCCAGGGCAACUGCCUCUGGCAGCGGGUCUGCUGGCGCCUGGUGGAGUGUGUGCCCGACCGGGCCAUGGAGGCUCUGCUAACCGGACUGGUGGAGGCCACCUUGGGGCCUGAGGUCCUCUCCCGGCUGCUGGGGAACCUAGUGAUGAAGAGUAAGAAGGCCCGGUUUGUGAUGACCCGAAAAAUUCUGUUCCUACAGUAUCGAUACUCGACACCCAUGCUACAGAGCCUGCUGGGGUACCUGGCCAUGGACAGCCAACGGCGCCCACUCCUUGUACAGGCGCUGAAGGAGCUCCUGGAGACGUGGGGCAGCAGCAGUGCCAUCCGCCACACACCUCUGCCUCAGCAGUGCUACGUCAGCAAGGCUGUCCUCAUCUGCCUGGUGCACCUGCGGGAGGCAGAGCUCCGGGACAGCCGGGAUGAGCUGCUGGCCAGCCUCAUGGCGGGAGUGAAGAGUCGCCUGGACAGCAGCCUGCCUGCCGUGCGCCACCUGGGCAUGAUUGUGGCCGAAGUAGCCAGUGCCCGGAUCCACCCCGAGGGCCCUCCCCUGAGGUUCCAGUAUGAAGAUGAUGAACUGAGCCGAGAGCUGCUGGCCCUGGUGGCGACCCAGCCUGCGGCUGACAGCCCCUUGAAAGCAAGCCCGGCUGUUGCUCCAGUGGCUGCAGAGGCUCCUGACAGAGGGAGCACGGAAGGUGGUGGUGUUCCGGCCCAGGCGGAGGGCGCAGGCUCUGACCUGGACAGUGACGACGACCUUGUCCCCUAUGACAUGUCCGGGGACCAAGAGCUGAAGAGCAGUAAGGCGCCUGCCUACCUCCGGGACUGUGUGGAAGCCCUGACCUCCUCGGAGGACUGGGAGCGCUGGGAGGCAGCUCUGCAAGCUGUUGAGGGGCUGAUCGUCAGGACCCCAGCCGCCACUCGUGAGGUGAGCGUGGAGCUGGCCAAGGUGCUGCUGCAUCUGGAGGAGAAGACGAGCGUGGUGGGGUUCGAGGGGCUGCGCCAGCGAGCCCUAGUGGCAGUCGUGGUCACAGACCCGGCCCCGGUAGCGGAGUAUCUGACCUCACAAUUCUACGCCAUCAACUUCAGCCUCCGGCAGCGCAUGGACAUCCUGGACGUCCUGACCCUGGCGGCCCAGGAGCUGUCUCGGCCAGGGCGCCUCCCCAAGGCUGCCCAGGUCGGCUCCCCGAGUCCCGCCUCCCCGUCCAGCAGCACCACCGAGGCUCCCGCCUGGCGGGUGGUUGUGGAAGAGCGGAUCAGAAACAAGACCCGGCGGUUCUCUCAGGGCUCUGCCCGGCGGGGACCGGAUGCUGGCCCCAACGAAUUCAGCUUGGUAGCUGGCUGGUUCUUCUUCCCCCUCAUUCAGCACUUUGACAGGCCUCUGGUGACCUUUGACCUUUUGGGAGAGGACCAACUGGUCCUUGGGAGAUUGGCCCACACUUUAGGAGCCCUGAUGUACCUGGCUGUGAACACCACGGUGGCUGUGCCCAUGGGCAAGGCCCUCUUGGAAUUUGUGUGGACCCUUCGUUUCCACGGUGAUGCCUACGUGCGCCAAGGCCUGUUGUCUGCGGUCUCCGCUGUCCUGCUCAGCGUUCCGACUGCUCGGCUGCUGACUGACCUGCCAGACGAGCUGCUGGAAGCCCGGCCCUGGCUGGCGGGUGAACACCGGGCCCCCAGCUGUGUUGGCGAGGCAGGCGGGAGGAGGCUGAUGUGGCGGAGCAGGACUCUGACGAGGACUGCAGGGUGCUGGCUGUGAAAGCACUACUGCUCCUGGAGAAGCUCAAAGACACACUCCUCCCGCUGACGCCUCCUUAGCCUGAGUGCUCCAGCAGUGGUCCACGCCAGGGCCUCCGGCACUGCCCCCGCGGUGCAUCCCUGGAGGGAGGGAGCUGCUGGGGCCCCUGCGGGCUGAUUCUCCAUCCCCAAGCCCCUUCCUCACCCAAAUGCAGGAGACUUUUAAAAAAAUAAAAAAGGAGAAGAAAAA